UGGUAGCACCGCUGAACUCUAUGUGGUUGUGAGGUUAGGUUCAGAUUUUUCUUAUUAGCAAAGAAUUCUGAAUUUAAAAUGCCAUUUAUGAAAGGACGGGCUCCUAUAAGAAGAACAUUACGAUAUUUAGAAGCGGGGAGAUUAGUUUUAAAAAACGAAAUAAAAAUUUUUACAAUAAAUUACAACACUUUGGGGCCUCACCAUACAGGCACAGAGGAAUUCGUUUUUUGGUACCUUCCGCAAAUUCAGUACAAAAAUCCAGAUGUACAAAUAGCGACAUUUAAAAAUAUGACACCUUCUCCAUUUAUUCGCUGUUUUUACGAAGCCGGUCAUCAGAUGUUAAUUGAAUGUGAUAGCAAAUCCAAGGAGGAGAUACAUGAACAUUUACUGAAAGUGGUCGGAAAAUCUGAAGAGGUUCUGAAACAAGAAGCGAUAGCUAGAGAAAAGAAAGAUAAUCCCGCUAAUUUCGGUGUCGGUUGUGAACGACAUUGCAUUUGCGAAAUUAAUGGACAAUUAACAUGUCCUCAAAUAGUUCCACUUCCUUUUCACAUGAGGGGAAAACAUAAAAAUGCGGAGAAAGAAUAAAAACAGUUUGUAGAUAUUGUAGUUUUAAUGACUGUUUGUAUAAUUUGAAAGUAAGGUGUAAUGAGCACCAGACAAAUGGGGAUUGUUGGAAAAUUGAUGCUGGUAAAAGUUAAUUGUACUUCAUCUUUGAAUUUAUAAUAAAAUGCAAAAUUCGA